ACAUGACCACAAUGGAAAUCGCGCGCCACGCCAAACAGACUCUGCACGCCCCUGCGCUCCGAUUUGAUGCUCUCUGAGAUUCUGAAAAUACACGAAGGAGAAAGACAAGUCCCAAGGCAUGAAUACAAUAUUUAAUCAACUAUAUGUCCACUCUAAGCGUCCGUCUUGCUGUACCUAUUGACCAUCGAUAGUUGUGUGCUCAAGUUUACCGAGAUCCAAAGUUGUCAGGCAGCGUUCAUUGAACGCAUGCGCAUUGCAUCCACUAUCCAGCUCAAAAUAAGAGUUAAAACAGAAACGAGUGCAGGAGGAGGAGAGCGGGGAGAGAUGACUGACACCCCGCCCAGCGAUGGCCCCUCCCAGGGGGCAGAGUUUGACAUGAUGGGCGCUCUGGACUGGCAGGACGGCAUCGCCACACUGCCCGGCAGCGACAUCAAGUUCCGUAUGACAGAGUUUGGAACUUUGGAGAUCGUGACAGAGCCAGAGGUCAAAGAGGCAGGGCCAACCCCCCAGAACCCUGCCCAGUCAAAAAGCCCCACCCCUCCACCAGAGGCCCAAUCGGAGAGCAGUGCAGCCUCUUCUGCAGCCAAGGAAGUCCAGCCACUUGCACCUAAGGCUCAAGGCCCUGUGCUUCUGUCUCUAGAGGAGGGUCCCACUAUGGAGGAGCCGAGAGUGGAGGUGGGCCCCAGGGCGGAGGCGGAGGUGGGCCCCAGGGCGGAGGCGGAGGUGGGCCCCAGGGCGGAGGCGGAGGUGGGCCCCAGGGAGGAGGCGGAGGUGGACCCCAGGGAGGAGGCGGAGGUGGGCCCCAGGGAGGAGGCGGAGGUGGGCCCCAGGGCGGAGGCGGAGGUGGGCCCCAGGGCGGAGGCGGAGGUGGGCCCCAGGGCGGAGGCGGAGGUGGGCCCCAGGGCGGAGGCGGAGGCGGGCCCCAGGGCGGAGGCGGGCCCCAGGGCGGAGGCGGGCCCCAGGGCGGAGGCGGGCCCCAGGGCGGAGGCGGGCCCCAGGGCGGAGGCGGGCCCCAGGGCUGCGAUGGCGGGCCCCAGGGCGGAGGCGGGCCCCAGGGCUGCGAUGGCUAGCUGUAGGUCGUGUGGGGGCUCCGGUCCACUGGAGAGUUUCCUCCAGGGCAAAUACUGCAGCUCCAUUUGUGUCCAGCCCUCCAGUGGCAGGUCAUCACCCGGAGAGCGGAGGGAGAGGGAGGGGGGACUGGGGAAACGAGUGAGGAAGAAGAGGAAGAUCUACAUGGACUCUGGUGAUGAAGACGAAGACAACCAGGAGGAGGAAGAGGACAAGUCCAAGGCUGUCAAAGGGAGGAGAGCUGCUAAGCUGGCAAAGCUAGUGACAGCCCCACCCAAUAAGAAGCGACCCUGGAGCUGGCCCUCCUACAUGGAGGAGGAGAAGGCUAUAGCUGCCCCCCUUAAACUGUUCAAGGAGCACCAGUCGUUCCCUCAGAGCAGGAAUGCCUUCAAAGUGGGGAUGAAGUUAGAAGGACUGGACCCCUGUCACCCCUCUCUGUUCUGUGUGCUCAGUGUUGCUGAGAUCCAGGGUUAUAGGGUAAGGCUUCAUUUUGACGGGUAUCCAGAGUGCUAUGACUUCUGGGUAAAUGCUGACACCUGGGAUGUAAAGCCGGCAGGCUGGUGUGAGAAGAUGGGACACAAGCUGCUACUGCCGAAAGGUUGUAAGGAUGGGGAGUUCAACUGGAACAUGUAUGUGAAGAACUGCAGAGGUCAGCUGGCCCCCAAACACCUCUUCAAGAGCCUCAACACGUCGGUGACUCCGUCAGGGUUCCGUGCGGGUAUGAAGCUAGAGGCGGUGGAUAAGAAGAACCCAUAUCUGAUCUGCGUAGCGUCCAUCGCGGCUGCUGUUGACAACAGACUCCUCAUACACUUUGACAACUGGGACGACACCUAUGACUACUGGUGUGAUGCCAGCAGUCCCUACAUCCACCCUGUAGGCUAUUGUGAGGAGGCUGAGCUGACCCUCACCACCCCUGCUGAGUAUAAGCACCCGAGGAGUUUUUCCUGGGAUAAAUACAUGGAGGAGACUGGCACACAGGCAGCCCCUGCACGUGCCUUCAAACUGCGUCCGUGCCAUGGGUUCCAGGCUGGAAUGAAGCUGGAAGCCGUCGAUAAGAGGAAUCCCAUGCUCAUCCGCGUAGCAACCAUCGCAGAGGUGGAGGACCACCGACUGAGGAUCCAUUUCGAUGGCUGGAGUGAGGAGUACGACUACUGGGUGGAUGCUGACUGCCCAGACUUGCACCCUGUGGGCUGGUGUCAGAAGACCAGUCAUCCCCUACAACACCCCUCCAAUGGCUCCACUGAUUUGCUGGUCCUCCCAGGGCAGGGCUGUCCUACCCCAGGAUGCAAUGGGGUUGGUCACAUCCGUGGACCCCGCUACGGAACCCACUACACGGGGGUGAGCUGUCCGUACUCAGAGAUGAACCUGAACAGGGAGGGCCAGGUACCAGACCGUCUGAGUGGAGAACGACCUAUGACCCUGAGUGGACCUCAUCACCGUGGGCGACGCCCAGACCCUCCUCCACACACCCAGACAAACAGCCCCACCACACCGGAGCAGCCCGAGCCUGCAGACGACUCCCCUCAGACCAGUGUAACUAGGGGGCCGACGGUUGACGAGGGUGAACGAUCCAGGUGCAGCAGUCAGAGUGAGCCACUAGGGGGCUCCACUGAGCCCAUCAACGACGGAGCCAAGGCCAAGAGGUCUGCUCCAGUCCCAAAGUAUCUGAAGCUGCACGUCGUCAAGCAGGAGAGUGGAGAUGGGAAAGACUCCCUGUCUCUCCAGCAGGCGCUCCAUGAGUCAGUGUUCUCCCCAGGUGGCUCCUCCUCUCCCCCUCACAGGGUGGCUCUGUGCUGGGACAAACACUGCCAGCUGCUCCCUGAGGUCCUGGGCCUCACAGCUAAGAGAGUUGCAACCUGGACCGCCGACGAGGUGGCCAGUUUUGUCAAAGGGCUCCCAGGCUGCAAAGAGCAUGCUGCCACCUUCAGGACAGAGCAAAUGGAUGGAGAGGCCUUCCUGCUUCUCACCCAAGCAGACAUAGUCAAGAUCCUGUCAAUCAAACUAGGCCCUGCCCUCAAGAUAUACAACGCCAUACUCAUGCUGAAGAACGCUGAUGAGGAGUGAGACGCCCCCUCACGCUUCAUUUCCUCCCACACCCGACCGCUGUAUCUGAAUAGUCUAGAGAAGUUUAAUCUCCUUUCUUUGCCUCCUCACCUUAUCCUCUUUGGUCUUCAUCUGCACUGAUCUGAGCCCGUAGGAUAGGUCAGAGCAACGUAAUGGAUGGCCACCAGGAAUCUGCUUUCAGCUAUCCUGUUCUUCCACAUCAGUGUAGAGGAGUAGAGAGGAUGUACCUGGUGUCAGUGUAGAGGAGUAGAGAGGAUGUACCUGGUGUCAGUGUAGAGGAGUAGAGAGGAUGUACCUGGUGUCAGUGUAGAGGAGUAGAGAG